GACUGGCAAAUAUCGACUGUUUAAACGUGUAGAAAGCUUUAAGUUUUUAUACCAUUUUCCGACUCACCUUAGCGUUAACUACAUUAACUAAUCACCAAAAGGUAUUAGCUACGCUAAAAGACCAUACAAAUUGUGAUAUCAGCUUAAUUUCUAAACUCGAAAGAUUAGUAUUAAUUAGUUAGUGCAACAUUAACAUUAUAUACAUAUGUCCAAGUUCGGUCUGAAAAGGUUACUCGUAUCGCUGGCCUCCAUUUCGGGAAUUGGAAAACCAAGUGUUGGGCACAUACUAGUAGUUGUUUUUCUGGAAUACUUCGCAUGGGGCCUGCUGACAAUGCCCAUGAUAGCCACUCUAAAGGAGACCUUCCCAGACCACACGUUCCUCAUGAACGGAUUGGUCAUGGGUGUCAAGGGAAUACUCUCGUUUCUAUCGUUGCCCCUGAUCGGAGCUCUAUCGGAUAUAUAUGGGCGGAAAGUGCUGCUCCUUAUAACAGUGAUCUUCACUUGCCUACCGAUCCCCAUGAUGACCAUGGAUAACUGGUGGUUCUUUGUGAUCAGUUCGCUCAGUGGAGUCUUGGGCGUUAGCUUCUCAGUGGUUUCCGCCUAUGUGGCGGAUGUUACCACAAAGGAAGAUCGCUCUAGAUCCUAUGGACUGGUAUCGGCCACCUUUGCUGCCAGUUUGGUGAUCGCCCCGGCAAUGGGUAAUCUCAUAAUGGAUCUUUACGGAAUUAAUACUGUGGUGCUAGUAGCAACGUUGGUCUCCACAACGAACGUGAUGUUUGUACUGCUGGCUGUGCCCGAAAGUUUACAACGAAACGUUAGAUCCACUGGAUUGAGCUGGAGACAAGCGGAUCCUUUUCAAUCCCUGCGAAGAGUGGGCUCGGAUCCCAAUAUCCUGCUACUGUGCAUAGUGGUGUUCAUGUUUCUACUUCCCGAAGCUGGCGAAUACUCCAGUGUGCCAGCCUAUCUGAAGCUGACAAUGGGAUUUGAUUUCACGGAACUCUCCACGCUGGUGGCCCUAAUGGCCAUAUUGAGCAUUUCGAUAAACGUGACCUUGGGAUCUAUAGUGAAAGCAUUGGGUGCCAAGAAGGCUAUAAUACUGGGAUUGCUUCUGGAACUGCUGCAACUAAUACUCUACACCAUAGGAAACGAAAAGUGGCAAAUGUGGCUGGCCGGAAAUGUAGCUGCCCUGAGUUCCAUCACCUUUCCGGCCGUAAGUGCCUAUGUAUCCCUCUACACGGAUGCCGAAACCCAGGGAGCAGUUCAGGGCAUGAUCACGGGCAUGUCGGGAUUGUGCAGUGGACUUGGACCCGCUCUGUUCGGUAUCGUAUUCUACCUAUCCGACAUGGAUUUGGAUGAGGAUCGGAUUUUGAUAGGCAGUGUAAGUGGAGAUCGCACGGUGGCCGGUCCCUUUAUGAUUGGAGCUAUCUCUGUGUUUAUCGGCAUUCUGUUGGCGUCGUAUAUCCCAGAAGAAAAGGUUUCCAGGGGAAGGAGAGAGGAAUUUUCCGCACUGAAGUAUAUUAUUGAAAUGGAGGAGGCGCCAACAUUAUAGUUUAAGCAAAUCGUUAUUAAGAUAGAUUGUUUUGUUUAAAAUAUGAGUAGUUGCCAUAAUAUAACUUGUUUACAAAUAAGAAACAUUUUCGGUAGAAAAUCAAAAUAUAAACUUAAUUAAGCUUUAACUUAGAAGGCUGCGAAAGUUCUUUUUAAUUUUUAAUAUUUUAGCCCGCACCUUAUUUGCAAUAAUGAAAAUAGUUGAGAUUUAGUGGGUUAAGAUUUAGACGCUAUGUCGGUCGUUGUCUUCAUUUAAUCAGCCACUUUAGCACAGCCUCUCAGUCGACGACCGCGUCUGUUUAUUUUGGUUUUUGUUUUCCAAUUUCCUUGGCAUUUCCCUGCUAUUUAUUUAUAAAUUUUCAUUUUGCUCUUCUUAUUUGUUUAGAAGCUGCAAAAUCACAACAGUUUGUUGACUCUUACGCAACAGUCUGGCCUUUUGUUUGUUGUGCCCAUCAGCAUGUUGCAAUCGGUAGCAAAAGAAAUUGCAAAAGAUAAUUUAUUAACAACAAUUGCAGAAACCCAUAAAUAGAACAAGCUGUCCUGAAAUAUACACAUGUAUAUUUCCCCAUCUUUUGGCAAACAAGCGUUCCUGUUUGGCAGAUGUAUACCCUCAGUUUUUUGUGAUUUUUUGGUUUUGAUUUUUUGGUUUUGAUUUUUUGGUUUUGCUCAAACACAGGCGCAAAGCCGAAAACUUUCCAUUUGAAAAAGCGAGAAUCCCAUUAAAUUUGUACGUACGUAUGUAUAUAAAACCAAACGUAUGUAAAGAGCCAUAAAGUUGAGAAAAUAGUGUGAUUAUUCUGAAACACGUGCAUGCAAAACCGAUUCUCUUACUCUCUUAGGGACCUGAAAAUAUGGGGAGAACAUGAGAAAGAGUCUCACUGGCGUCGACUGGGUAAAUAUUAUUUAAGCGAGAUGCAGGGGCGGAUUCAAUUGGAUUCGGGUGCGGAACAGGGUGUCGAAAGGUAAAGUUUUGUAAUAUAAUAGAUACUUUGUAUAUGAGUAAAUUAAAUUGUGUACUUAUUUUCAUUAUCUCGUUGGGCAUCAACCUUGAUUUUAAUCUUAUUUAUUCUUAAAUUUACCCAAUAUAUGAACCAUAAAUUAUAUGGUACAUAUGAUAUAAACAGGUUUUUUGUAUUUGAGAUGAGAGAAAAUGCCAAACCAUGUAUGUACAUAGCUUUAGAAUAACUGUAGCGAAAUUUCAGUGACACAACUUUUAUCUCGCUAUGUUGGUGUUGUAUGCCUCCUUCUUAGGUUUUUUCAGCCGCGUCUGGGAUUUCUGCCAUUGGCCUUCAAUUUCGAUUCUUUGGCGAGCAUUAUAAACUAGUCACACAAAUGUAUGGAACAUAUGUUCACACGAAUCCGGCAACCAGACGACUUGCAUAUGUACAAAAAAAUGCGAAACUAUUCCGUGAUUCAAGAGAACGCCACUUUGUUGCUACACGGGACGAAAUAUUGGGGUGGAAGGAAGGGGUUGAAAUCGAUAAGCCUUGACUUGAUAAGACGUCUGUGCCACCCAGCCAAUACCCCUUCCAUUUCACUACUCUGCUAAAUGCGAUGCGAAUUUCUAUGGGUUUUAAUUAGCGUUGCGAAUGUCUGAUGACCGGGAAAACGAUGGGAAUCGUUAGUUACACUAGUUUAAAGCCACCUCCUACUUACUGACUAAUCCCACAAAUGCUACUGUACGCAAUCAACAAUCCGCGUCCGGAACGCAGUAUUAUUAUGUCACUAGAACUGGCAUCGGGCGUCUCUUAUCAAUUAUCUUGGAGCAAAUCGAAAAUUAAGCGCGUUACCAGGCGGAGAAAUCGGUUACAGUUUUUCCCGCUGACCGAUAACUCCUUGACCUUUUGCUACUUAUGUAUAUAAAUAUGUACAUAGGCGACUUUAAGUAAAAAAAAUGGCCUCGGAUCUGAUGGAAAGUUUAUUUCCUCUUGUCACUGAACUUUGCCAAUGUCGACGAAUUUAUGCAAAAAAUAUAUUUGGGUCUGGCUUUGCUUUUUGCUUAUGCUGAAAGAGAAUCGACCAGUUGUGAGAGUGAGGUUGAGAUACCCUUCGAAAGCGCCUCUUGACUAUCUGAAAGACUAUGAAGAAAUUGGUAUUGUAUUGAAACAUUACAAUACAAAAACACAACACUAUUAUAACAACAAAAACUUUAAACACAUGUGUUUUUAAAAAUUUCUCCGUGAAUUCAAAUUUAAAGAUCGGGUUUCAUUUUGGGUUGUAAAUUAUGAACUGAAAUUCUAAAGCUGAAGUUAGGGUAUCCAUGGUGCGCUCUCUUGAAAACCGAUUCCCAUGUGAUGGAGUGAU